UCUGAGGUGGCCUUGGGUGGCUUCUGAGCGUUCCAGUCCCUCGCCCGCUACCUUCCUUUGGUUCCCACCAUGCCGAUGUACCAGGAAACAUCUGAGCCAUCUUUGCAAGCCCUUGAGUCUCGCCAAGAUGAUAUUUUAAAGCGCUUGUAUGAGUUAAAGGCAGCAGUCGAUGGCCUUUCAAAGAUGAUUCAUACCCCAGAUGCGGACUUGGAUGUAACCAACAUCCUGCAAGCUGACGAGCCUACAACUUUAACCACGAACUCAUUGGACUUGAAUUCCGUGCUUGGAAAGGAUUAUGGGGCGCUGAAAGACAUCGUGAUCAACGCAAACCCAGCCUCCCCACCACUGUCCCUGCUUGUGCUGCACAGGCUGCUCUGUGAACGCUACAGGGUCCUGUCCACUGUGCACACACAUUCGUCUGUCAAGAAUGUACCCGAGAAUCUUAUCAAGUGCUUUGGGGAGCAAGCUAGAAAACAGUCCUGCCAUGAAUAUCAGCUGGGUUUCACUCUGAUUUGGAAAAAUGUGCCCAAGACACAGAUGAAGUUCAGUGUACAAACAAUGUGUCCCAUUGAAGAAGGGAGCAUUGCACGUUUCCUGUUUUCUCUAUUUGGCCAGAAGCAUAAUGCUGUCAACCUAACCCUCAUCGAUAGCUGGGUGGAUAUCGCCAUGUUUCAGCUGAAGGAAGGGAGCAGUAAAGAAAAAGCAGCUGUGUUCCGCUCCAUGAACUCUGCCUUGGGGAAAAGCCCAUGGUUGGUUGGGAAUGAGCUCACUGUAGCAGAUGUGGUGCUGUGGUCCGUGCUCCAGCAGACUGGGGGCAGCAGUAGGGCAGCGCCCAGCAAUGUGCAGUGGUGGCUUAAGUCCUGUGAGAACCUGGCCCCCUUCAGCACUGCCCUCCAGCUCCUUAAGUGAACUGGAGCAGCUCAUCUUACAGGGUUCAAUGGAAGAGUGGCAUGGCUUCCAGUCUGCUGUCAGAAAGGGACUGGUCCAGUUGUCAGGCAUCAAUAAAAGCACCACCAUUG